CAUUCCACUUAUUCCGUUCCAGCCAUUACCACAAGCCCGUCCUCCCCAAUUAAGGUACCACCAACCUCCUGUGCUGGACUAACACUACACAGUACCUUGUUGACCUAAUAAGGCAAGCUAUUGCAAAACUGAUACCUUACUGUUCUGUUAAUUUUGUUUGUUUGGUGAAUUGUAUUUAUUCGGCUAAAUAUGAGGUCGGGAUAUUCUGAGCUGUUUGUUAAUAGUAUGUGUGUAUGUCAACAUGUAUUUGACAUAUAAUGAUAACAUGUACUUCAAUGGUAAUGCACUGAACACCAGAAUAAUGAUUAUACUGUUAUAUGGACAAAACAUUACGGUACACCUCAGAUAAACAUGGUUUUUAAAUAUUGAAUGACAUAGUGAGUUGACAAACCACUUCAUCAGUGAUUCAUCAACAGAUAUUGAUGGGACACAAGUGAAAAGUAUUAUGAUAAUGUAUUGUGAAACUUGUUCAUGUUUUAUUUUAGGAAUAUUUCAUUAGGAGGCUGUUUGUCCUAUCAAAAUAGUACUUGGCAGGACCAGUAACUUUGUCAUGAAAAACACCUUUGUGAAAAAACAUGCAAAUGCGUUAUUGGCAUUUUCCUACAUUCUAGAAUCAUUACACCAUCCAUUCUCUAUCUACUAAAAUUGCAUUGUAUUGUAUAGUUUCUUUACAUUACAUUUCUCUGUACGUAUAUUUCCAUAGCAUGAGUCCCUGAUAAUGGGACAUAUUGUACUUCUUACAUCAUAGUUUCCGUGAAAAUGGAGACCAAUGGAGAGGGGUCUUGUUCAAGACGCCUUUUCUCAGCCAAUAGAAAUGACCAAUAAACAUAACUCAGGGGGCAGGCAAUUGCCGUUGUGUUUGUAUCCAAACUGUGAGAUUAAACUGGGCUGUGUGGUCUCGGUCCAAAAACCCACGUUGUGGCUCAAGAUUUACACCAAACCUACCUGCAAAUUUCUCAAUAACAUUUAGGCACUCUGUCUGUACGGAAAGCAUGGGAGGCAACAGCAGCAGCCACGUGUCGUAUGAAAACGAAGGCGACCACGUUACAUUUGUGAAGGGCAUUAGGCUGACAGAUAAAGUAAUCAAUCGAAUGAGAGAAGAGCGUCAGGCCCAGAAGAUGGUCCAUCCUCGCUCACAGCAGAAUGGACCUGCUUCCACGCUCUUGACAGAACCUGUGGUCCCUCUGUCCACGCCGGCCCCCACAGUCGAACAUUUGGCCCCCACUUUGGAACCAGCUCCAACCACAGCCCCUCCACCUGCGGUCCUACCAACACCUCCGUCUCCCCCUGUUCAGCCAGUAAAGCUCACUCCACCUCCUCCUGUCACAUUUGUCUCUGCUCCCCCUCCACCUGCAGCCCUACCCACACCUUCCCCUCCACCUGCGGCCCUACCCACACCUCCCCCUCCACCUGCAGCCCUACCCACACCUCCCCCUCCACCUGCGGCCCUACCCACACCUUCCCCUCCACCUGCAGCCCUACCCACACCUCCCCCUCCACCUGUGGCCCUACCCACACCUCCCCCUCCACCUGUGGCCCUACCCACACCUCCCCCUCCACCUGUGGCCCUACCCACACCUCCCCCUCCACCUGCGGCCCUACCCACACCUCCCCCUCCACCUGCGGCCCUACCCACACCUCCCCCUCCACCUGCGGCCCUACCCACACCUCCCCCUCCACCUAAGGAACCGAUAGUCCUACCUCCAGCUGUUGAAUCUAUUGCUCCACCUCCACCUGUAGACACUGAAGUGCUUCCUCAAGCGGUAGAACCCAUACGUCCUCUGGUGCCUUUAGAACCUAUAGUGCUACCUUUGGCUGCAUCUCCACCAAUAGAAGAGCCAGUAGCUUUACUCCUAUGUACCCCUACCCCCGAGGAACCUGUAGUUCUGCCGACACUGGCUGAACCUAUUAUCUCACUUGUCCCUAUAGAACCCGUAGUACCACCUAAACCUGUGAAACCUGUGGUUCUAGCUACCCCUCCUCCAGCUGUGGAACCAAUUGUGCUGCCUCCAGUGGUUGAAUCUGUUGUCCUACAUCUCCCUGUAGAACAGGUAGACCCUCCUACCCCUGCCCCUUCACCUGUUGAAGCUAUUGUGCUGCCUCCAGUGGUGGUUGAGGAUGUGGCACCACCUACCCUCGCAGAACCGGUAGUCCUGCCUCCAGUGGUGGUUGAGGAUGUGGCACCACCUACCCUCUCAGAACCGGUAGUCCUGCCUCCAGUGGUGGUUGAGGAUGUGGCACCACCUACCCUCGCAGAACUGGUAGUCCUGCCUCCAGUGGUUGAACCCGAGUGCCUAGCUACCCCUCUACACCCAUCUGUGGAAGCUGUAGUGCUGCCUACCCUUGUAGAACCUGUAGUGCUGCCUACCCUUGUAGAACCUGUAGUUCUGUCUACACCUGUAGGACCUGUAGUCAUGUCUCCACCUGUUGAACCUACAGUCCUACCUUCAGUAAUUGAAACUACAGUCUUGCCUCCAGUGGUUGAACCAGUUGAUCUUCCUACACCUGUUGUGGAACCUGUCACCAAUACGCCACCACCUGUUGUUGAAGAGGUUGUCCUACCCACACCUCCACCUGUAGAGCCCCAACCUGUCUCCACUCCUCUCCCUGCUGCAAAACCUGUAGCUCCAACCCCACCUGCCCCAGUCCUAGCACCUAUCCCAGAGCCUGUCAUGGAGGAGCUCCCUCCAGCACCUAUCCCAGAGCCUGUCAUGGAGGAGCUCCCUCCAGCACCCAUCCCAGAGCCUGUCAUGGAGGAGCUCCCUCCAGCACCUUGUCCAUCCAUGGAGCUGGCCACCCUGUCUACUGUAUCGGCUGCUAGCAAACCAGCUGAUCUCCCUCCCCAUGUAGAAGAGCCCAUGGCUCCCCCUACUCCCCUCCCUGCCCCAGUAGAACCUAUGGUCAGCAUUCCACUACCCCCCCUCAUUGAAGAUGUGGCUGUUCCAAUUGUGGCUCCCGUUGUGAUCCCCACUGUGAUCCCACCACAACCUCCAGCAGUGCUAGAUGAAGAAGUGCUGAGGAGGCAGAUCCAAGCUGAGCUAACGAAGGGCCUGCAAGAGGAGAUGAAACUGAAGCAGCAGGAGUUUGAGAAACAGUUGUAUGAGGUGAAGGCCCAAGCCAGAGCACAGGCACAGGCUAUAGCUCAGGUCCAGAUCCAGGAGGAGGUUAAGAAGAUCCUGGAUCUGGAGAAGGCAGCCCAGGGAGAGAACCUGAUGGUGGCCAUCGCCAAGGAACGCAUGACCACAGAGGAUGAGAGACUCAUGGCCCAGCUCUACGCCUUGCAAUGGAUAGAGCUUAAGGCCCACAAACUGGAGGAGAAAGAGUACCAGGUGAAGAAACAAGACACACUCUUCAGGGAACAGGUCUUCAAGCUGGAAGAGAAGAGUGCUCAGUUCUUCAAAGUCACCACAGAGAACUUCAAGAAGGGCAAAGAGGACGUUCACAACACCUUCAAGCGUGUUGACAUCAAGCCAGUGUGCGGUGACCUGCAGAGUCGGAUCCUGAAGUGCUAUAGGGAGAACACUGGACAGACCCUCGCCUGCUCUGGCAUCGCCAACCUAUACAUGCAGUGUGUGGACAACCACAAGGGACAGGAGCCGGACGCCAUCAGCCAUCAAGACACACCAAAGCCAGUUGAACUGUUCUGAGGCCAUGACCACCACAGCUGGAGACACUCCUGCUCCACCAUCCCUUCCUCCCAUCCAUGGUAUCUGUAUUAACCCCCCGAGAGGGUCAGAGGUAGAAUGAUGAGACCAUGUUGUGACCCAGUAAAGGCUAGAGACUGGUACUGUCUUAGCUGGUACUGAUGUCAAAUGGUGUGAGAGAUUGGGUCCGAAAGUGAAGAAAGCGCACAAUAUGGUUAUUGGGUUACACAAAUGGACAGUGCUACUAGCACUACACUAUGACAGGAAAUGGACAUUGUUACCAUGACUACACUAUGACAGGAAAUGGAACAGGAAAUGCAACACAUACACUACACUAUGAAUGAAAAUUGACAUUGUUACCAUGACUACACUGACAGGAAAUGCAACAUAUACACUACACUAUGACCGAAAAUGGACAUUGUUACCAUGACUACACUGACAGGAAAUGCAACAUAUAGGCCUACACUACACUAUGACUGAAAAUGGACAUUGUUACCAUGACUACACUAUGACAGGAAAUGGAACAGGAAAUGCGACACAUCUAAUCCCUGACUGGACAUAAAAUGCAUCAUAUAUAUCCACCAAUGGAAAUAUUGGAAUUAAGGUUUUGCCAUUGACAGCAGUAUGAAACAUAAUGGAAUGGCCUAGUUGUGAAAUAUAUUGUGCAUUGUUUGUUUGUUGAGUUAAUCUGCACCUAUGCCUUAAUGUCCUAUCAAAACACAAAUGUUGCCAAUGCAAAAAAAUAAUGUAAUGUUUAUUGUUAUAACAUACAAACAGAUAUGGGGGUGGAAACUGCUGUUCGUCCCAAAUGACAUCCUAUACCCUAUGAAGUGCACUACUUUAGACUAUAGGGUCCAUAGGGCUCUGGCCAAAACUAGUGCAAAAGUAGUGCAUAGUGUGUCAUUUGGGACAGACGCUCACACUUGGUCGCCACAGACCAAACCAAGACACAUUUGGCACAUUUUUCAUGGAGGGUGUGAACGGGAGUUCUUCUGAUCUCAAUAAAUUGUUGUGAAACCCCA